AAACCAUAGGUUGGUGUGGGUGUGCAUACUGCUGGAAGGCAGCCGCACAAGAGAAAGGGUGAUGGCAAGGAGUGGAGGUGAUUCUCAGUGAUCUUUAACAAAUGGCUCUGUCCGAAGUGCACAAUUUGGCUACAAUCAUCAGCAACAAUGGUUUCUCUGUUAGCAAGAAUAAUGUGGUUGACCAUAACAUCAACAUGUUGGAACCACAAAACAAUUAUUCAGCUGACAGAUGUAAUACAGAAUAUAAUUAUUGGAACUAUGACUUAGUGGAAUGUAAUACACCAAAAAAUAUGAAUGUAGAAGAUGAGGAUAGUCAGGAUUUAAAUAAUCCUAUGGUCAAUGAUCUAGUAUCAAAAAUUCUUGAUGAUGAUUCAAUUGUUGGUGACAGUGCUCACAAUAUUAGUUAUGGCAAUAUUCAAUAUUAUUCAGAUACUCAGCCCCGUAACAUGGAAAACAAAAUGGAAAAUAAUACAGAUCCUAAUUUUACUAUGGAUCGCUUCAACGUGCAUUCAACAUUUAAUAAAUUACAAAAUAACAUUUCUAGUAAUGUUAAACUCGAGUGUAAUUAUAACAAUCUCUGUGGAGAACUCAAAACAUUGAGCCUCAAUACAUGUGUAGGACAAGUACCAGAUCAAGCAAAUUUAUAUAACAACGGGGUUGGUGCAUAUCCAAAUACGUAUCCAUCUGAUUCACAGUCAUAUGCAUUACGUCCAAAUAGUGAAAAUUAUUGUGUUAGCGGAAAUACUAUGCCUUUGUGCAAUGAUUUAUUAACAACUACAAAUGAGACAAAUGUGAGUAAACAGUCUAACUGGACAGAGAAUUUGUCAACACCAGGUUGCACAUCAGAUCUAUUUGGAAAUUAUCAACGAAUACAAAAUUGUACAAACCCAGAUCUUAAUUUCAAUAUGGCUCUAACAUUAGCUCUAGAUUCACCUGACCCAAUUACUCUAAAUGAAUUGGAGUAUCACAAUAAUAUUAGACAAAAUGGAACUGCUAAUACAUAUAAUAAUCUGACACCUUCUAUGCAUGAAUUAUACAGCAUGACUGCCAAUAAUCAAAGUUACAGACCAAGUUCAGCAAUGACUGAUUUGAGUAUUGAUUCUGGCUUUCUUUCGAACUCUCCAUUACAACAUUUUUCUCCAGCUGAUACGAAUUUGCACAAUUUUGGGAAUAAUAUACAACGCAGUAAUGCUAAUGAUUAUAAAGAUUUACAUGAUUCAAGUAGAUUAAGCGUGGCAAAUAUCUCCCUACCAAAUGAGCAACUCCAAUUUUUGCAGCAACAAGCUCGUAGCUACAAAUUAAAUCAAGCUGUGGACCAAGAAUAUAAGCAACUAAUCGAUUAUUAUCCAAGUGUAAGCGACCACAUCUUUACCACAUCAUCGAUAAAUAAUUUAGAUACAAACGAAAAUUGUCUUACAAAUAAUGAUUAUAGAAUUGAUAAUAAUUUACUGAAAAUUAUCAGUCCAAAAUCAAAGACUAUCGACUCUAAGACAUAUUCACCAAUUGGAUUUCCAAAAAAUUUAAGUUCACGUAACGCUCAUCAGUCAAUUGCAAAAUAUGGAUAUCAUAAUUAUCAACAUUACACUGCCAAUAGCGGCGAGACUUUAAAAAUGUUACCACAAAGUUCCACAUCUUAUCAGGACUUGAAGCAGCCUAACAGUACUAAUACGUAUAAGGUGGAAGGAUUUGACCUUACCAAAGAAAUAGCUUUUCCUUCAGUAAAUCAUUUGACAAAUCAAAUCGCAGGGUCUUCAAUGAACAAAGAUACUUUCAAUUAUCUUAUGAAACAACGACAUCACAUGCCAAGAAUACAAAGUAGUGCUGGUAUUCCAUCUGCUGAUGUACUUUUUAAUUCGGGAAUAGUACCAAAUCCUGGUACAGUAAGAUCUGGAGUAUUCCCACCAGUAAUGCCAGUUCCUGUACCACUUCCGAUCCCACGUCUAUUUUCUGUACUUUAUGGUGGAGGUUUGAGCCUUAGAAAUGGAAGUGGAGCAGCUAGACGUACAGCACCUUCAAGUAUAUUGCACUUCAGACUAGAGCAAACUUACGAACAGUUUAAACAAUUAGAAAAAGAACGUAAGAAAUGUGAGGCUGGGUUAGCUGCUCAUUUCCCUGGCAAAAGAGUGACAAGUGCAAAUAAUAUACCUAUUCCUCGCCUUCAAGGAAAUCCAUCACGUGUCGACCGUUUAAUCAUUGACUACUUGAGAGAGCAUGCACGCGUUAUAACUUUGAUCGCGAAGAUGGAACGUUUGCGAGGGACCACGAUGAAUCAACGCGUACAUAAAGCUAUGGAGUAUUGGUUAGAAGCAAUAAAAUUUGUUCAAGAAUGUCGUAAACGGGAAAUUGCAAAUGCUACUAAACGCCAGAAAGAGAAUCCACCGUGUAUUCUUGUAUACAAUGAUAAUGAUAUAUUAACGUUGGCAGCCAGUGUCUACGAAUUGACGAAGGCAUCUCGAUAUGCUAGAACUGAAAAAGCCUCGAAAAGAACGAAUGUUAGUCAAUUUUCCAAUGGUACCGUUGCUAUCGAUUCUUAUUGUUGGUUGCAUAAAGGUGUGUUCUCUUGUGCUGAAAAAUUGUCAAUGGGACAACCAACAGAUGCAUACGUUCGUUAUUGUAUGAAGUUCAUAAAUAUGUUACUGUCUCAUAAAAUAAAACCAAUACUUGUAUUUGAUGGAAGACAUUUGCCUGCCAAGGCACAAACUGAACUGAAACGACGAGAAUCAAGACAGAUGAAUCACCGUAAAAGUAUUGAGCUAAUGCGAAUGGGACAACAUGCAGAGGCAAGAAAUUUAUUAAGAAGAUCUAUAGAUGUUACACAUGAAAUGGCUCUAGAGUUAAUUAAACAAUGUCAAAAACUAAAUGUUGAUUGUAUUGUAGCACCAUAUGAAGCAGAUGCACAGUUAGCAUAUCUUAAUAUCAGUGGAAUUGCUGAUGUUGUUAUUACUGAAGAUAGUGAUUUAACACUAUUUGGUUGUAAAAAGGUAUUGUUUAAAAUGGAUUUAAAUGGUAAUGGACUUUUAGUUGAUCAACAACAGUUGCAUCUUGCAAUGGGAAUACCUUCUGAACAUUUUAGUAUGGAUGAUUUUCUCUAUAUGUGUAUUUUAUCAGGCUGUGAUUACUUACCAUCUCUUCCUGGUAUUGGAUUGAAUAAAGCACGAAAAUUUGUAAAAAUAAAUACAGACUGUGAUAUACAUAGAGCUUUAACUCGACUAGGAUCUUAUCUAAAUAUGAAAUCUUUAGUUGUUACAAAAGAAUAUAGAGAUUCAUUUAUAUUGGCAGUUAUUACUUUUAAGUAUCAGUUAAUAUUUUGUCCUUUAACAAGAAAACAAAUUCGUUUAAAUUCACCUACAGCUGAUAUAACAAAAGAACAAUUAUAUUAUGCUGGUACAGAAAUAGAUCCAGACACAGCAUUACAGCUUGCACUUGGAAACUGUGAUCCUUUUACUCUAAAAAUGCUUCAUAAUUUUGAUCCUGAUCAAAUAAGGAAUGAAGUUAAUAAAUGCAAUACAUGGGCACAAAAAACAGGACUUUCUCGACAUAUUAGUAUUUGGUCGAAAGAAUAUAAAUUAAUGCAAAAUCAUUUGCAAAGAUCUUCUCAAAAAAAGGAUCUCAUGGAUUGGUGUACUGUUAAGUCAAAAGCAGUUCUUCAAACAAAUCGUUUAAAAAAAUGUAUUUUUAUGAGACAACAAGAUAAUUCAGAAUAUGAACAAUUAAAUCAAAAAGAAAUAUUAGAUAUAUAUAAAUCUACAAAUACAAUGGAUGUUGAAAAUGACUCAGAUAUAAAUAAUCUUACUCCUAGUGAAGAUGAGGUAUCUCCUGUUUUAAUUAGAAAAAAAAAUCAAUUUUCAAAAUACUCAUCUACUACCAAAACUUCCCCAAGUCUUUUGUGUACAAGUAAAAGUAGAAUGAAGGGAAGAAAUGUAAUGCAUAUUAGGCGAACAAUUAUAAAUGAAGGAACUGUCACAGAGAGUAAAUUUUUUGCUAAGGAUAUUAGUCAAAGAAAUAAUAUUUCAAUAAAUGAUAAUAAAAUAUGUUCAGUUAUGAAUUCAAAUGAAGUUUUAGUAGAAAAAAAAGAAAUGAAAACAGAUAAAAAUAAUGCAAGCAAUAUUGAUUUACAAUUUUUAAUGGAAAGUAAUGAACUGAAAAAGGAUUCAUGUUGUAUCGAUAUUGAUAAAGAACAUAAUACUUUAUUUAUAUUAAAUGAAUGCAAAAAUGUUGAAACUUCAAACACUUCUAAUUGUGAUUCAGGAAAAUCACAAUUAGAACAUUUAGAUAUUUCAAUGGAUGGAAAUAUAAAAAAUAAUAAUACAAAUGAAUUAAACAAUAUAAAUACUUCAUUAACAUCAUUAGAAUUUAACAUAGAUUCCGACUUCUUAGUUCAACAAGGAGAUAUAAAUAUUUCAAAUAGUAGAUUAUGGUCUGAUACAAAAGUACUUGUACAGUCAAGUAAUAGAACAAAAAAAAAUAAAAAUAAAAAUUCUUCAAAUUCUCGUAUGUCUACAAAUAGUACACGUCGAAGCCAACAGUUGUAUUCAGUACAAAGACAACAAAGUUUAUUAAGUACUUAUGGAUUUGAAAAAAAAAGUAAGUUUAACAUGCUAAAACUUUUGAAAUUUUUCUUAAUUUAAUUAAUUAUACUAUUUAUUUAUAGAAUUACAAUCUGUAACACAGGAUAAUUACUGAUGUAAAUCAUAUAUACUAUGCUACAACUUUCUGUAAUAACAAUUUAUGAAUUAUUUAUUAUUACAAAGACAUAUGUAUGAAGGAAAUUCAAAAGAUUUUAAUGCAGUCUUUAUUAUAACUAUA